AUGAAGUCUUCCUUACCUCUCAUCUUCUUCCUUGCUCUUCUCGAUGAAGCUCAGAGCCUCCGAUUCCUCGGCCGCGUCAAUCCUUCUACCCGCGAAUUGACAUGGCCAGGAACAGGUGUAUCGUUUACAUUUACCGGGACAUCCGCAUCCAUUGGCCUUGAAGCCAUCACUGGGACAAACAGCGUGCAAUUACAAACUGAUAACCAAACCAUCGUCAUCCUCGAUGUAAACGGGACAUCCAUCUCCACACCCGCAGGUCUCUCAUCUGGUACCCACACCGUCACGCUCCGCAAACGCUCCGAAGCCCUCUACGGCAGUAUCUUCCUAGGAAACAUCACCACGACCGGAACCUUCACGGCCGACAGUAUCCCCACGCGCAAAAUCGAAGUCAUCGGCGACUCCAUAAGCGUAGGCUACGGCCUCGACGGCACCUACCCCUGCGGCAAUUCCGCAGCCGUAGAAAACAACCCAAAGACGUACGCUGCACUUGCCGCUGACGCCCUGGGUGCAGACUACAGUAUCGUGGCCUGGAGCGGCAUCGGCCUGACACGCAAUUAUGCGUCUGCGACUCCGGAUCCAAGUCCAAUUAUGCCGGAUCGCUGGACGCGUUACGGCGCGCAGGAUGCAAAGAAUAGUUAUACGUUUCCCCCCGACCGGGUCCCAGAUGUUGUCGUGAUUAGCCUGGGCACGAAUGACUUUGGUUAUGAGGCUGGUAUCCGGGAUCCGCUGGAUCCAGGCGUCUACGGAAAUGCCACUGUGUCGUUUGUAAAGACUAUCCAGACGCGGUAUCCCAAGGCGGCAUUUUUCCUCCUCACGAGCCCGAUGCUAAAUGAUGGGUGGCCAAGUGCGGCAGAUGCGCAGAAGACGACGCAGAGAUUGGCGUUGGAGAGGGCGAGAGAUGCGUUGGGCGGGACGAAGGUGGAGGUUGUGGAUAUGCCGGAUCAGGGAAGUGUGGUGGGCUGUGAUUAUCAUCCGAAUGCUGAGACGCAUAGGAGGGACGGGGCGAUAUUGGAAGAGGCUAUCAGGAGGAUUAUGGGAUGGUAG